CUUAAUUGGGUUAUUGGCAUUGCUUGAGACUCAGUGGGAAGUGGCGCUUCCAUUCCAUUGCAUUGCACUCCAUCUUUCGUUGCCAACGCUCAAGCCUUCUCUCACUGUUACCUUCGCAGCCGCAGAAAGAAAGAUUCAACCUGCGGUCCUGUCAUGGAGUCAGAAACACAUCAAAAUAGUAGGAGGAGAAAGAAAUCUACUGUUUGGGAGCACUUCACUGUGAAAACUGAUGGACCUGGAUGUGCCAGGGCUUACUGUAAAAGAUGCCAAAAGUCAUUUGCUUAUCUCAAAGAUUCAAAACAAUCUGGCACCAGUCAUCUCAAGAGACACAUUGCUCUGGGUAUCUGUCAGAAAAAUAAAAAAAUUCCAUGUUCCAAAACUGAUGCAGAUCCACCUAAGAAACGAGCAAGGGCAAAACCUUACAUUGCUGCUAUCUCAUUUGAUCAGGAGCGUUGCAACAGUAAGAUGGCCAAAAUGAUUAUUUUACAUGACUAUCCACUUCAUAUUGUAGAACACCAAGGUUUCAUUGAUUUUGUAAGGGCGCUGCAACCCCAGUUCAAUCCACUGAGCCUUAAUGCUAUUCAAGGGGAUUGUGUUGCUAUGUACCUCAGAGAGAAGCAAAACCUGUUGAAUCUUAUUGAUGGGAUUCCUGGACGAGUCAACCUCACCUUGGACUUAUGGACUUCAAACCAAACAUCAGCCUAUGUUUUUCUUCGAGGUCACUUCAUUGAUGGUGAUUGGAACUUACAUCAUCCUAUUCUUAAUGUAUUCACGGUACCAUUUCCUGAUUCUGACGGUUCCUUAAAUCAAGCUAUAGUGAAAUGCCUAAGCAAUUGGCAUUUAAAGGGUCGGCUAUUUACUCUUGCACUUGAUAAAGUCUUCUCCACUGAGACUUUGCUGGGAAAUCUGAGAAGUCUCCUCUCUGUUAAUAACCCUGUGAUUCUCAAUGGUCAGUUUUUAAGCCAGAACUGUUAUGCUCGUGUACUUAGCCGCCUUGCAUUAGACGCGUUAUCAGCUACGAGAGAAACAAUCAAUAAAGUUCGCGAGAGUGUGAAGUAUGUGAAAUCUUCUAAAUCAAAUGAAGCAAAUUUUUUGAAGCUGAGGCAACAACUUCAAGUCCCUAGUACAAUGGACCUUGUUAUCGAUGACCAAAAUAAAUGGGACACAAUUUACCAUAUGCUUGUAGCUGCUUGCAAAUUAAAGGAAGUUUUUGUUUGCUUUGACGCCUUUGAUCCUGAUUUCAGAAUGACUUUAACAAUGGAUGACUGGAAGCAUGUGGAAACUCUAUGUAGAUAUUUGAAUUACUUGUAUGAUGCAGCUAACAUUUUAACUGUUCAACCGUACCCAACUGCAAAUGUAUUUUUUCUUGAAGUGUCAAAACUUCAGGUGGUGUUGACUUGCGCAGCCUUAAGCCAGGAUCCUUUCUGCAGGUGUUUGAUUAUGCCUUUGCAAAAGAAUUUUGAUCAAUAUUGGAGAGAAAGCUGUGUCAUCCUGGCUGCUGCUGUAGCCAUGGAUCCAAGAUAUAAAAUGAAAUUCGUGGAGUCCACCUUCGCUAAGAUAUUUGGUGAGAAUGCUGAGUACUGGACAAGAUUUGUUGAGGAGGGUCUUAAUGAACUGUUCCUUGAAUAUAAUAUCAUACAAGUGCUUCCUUUUACAGCAACAAAUGAUAAUGAAGGGAAUGACACUAUGAUAAAGACUGAGUCAUUUGAAGAAGGGGCAUUUGAUGCAUCUCUUUUUACGGGUGAUGAUGAACUGUCUGACAUCGAAUUUUAUAUAUCUGAUCUAACAUGUAACCAGCAAUAUAAGUCUGAAUUGGAUGAGUAUCUUGAAGAGCCUCUUGAGACAAGAGUACAAGAAUUUGAUGUUCUGAGCUGGUGGAGAAUAAACGGAUUGAAGUACCCAACAUUGUCUAGACUAGCAUCAGAUAUUUUGUGUGUGCCAGUAUCCACCCUCUCGGCAGAUGCUGUUUUUGAUACAGAAAUUAGAAAAAUGGAUAACUACCGGAGUUCAUUAGAUUCCUUGAUUCUUGAGGCCCUUAUUUGUACCAAGGAUUGGUUCCAGUAUAAAUCAUUACCCAUCAGUGUUCCUAAUGCACUUGUCAAAGUUGAGUGUUAGGUAUAGCUUUCCUCGUUUAGGGAUAUAUUCUCAACUAGCAUUUAGGUAUUGAAUUUUUUGGUACUGUAAUUCAGGUAAAUUAGUUUUUCU